AUUCAAUCAUAGGAGUCGAAAAUGUCCGGACGAACAUUUGUGUGAUCUCGGUGUCUCUCUGUGUUUCAUAUCGGGGCAAAUGUUUUAUUUGUUUCCAUCAACAAAAACAUUUGAACAUUUUUUUUUUUGUUUUUCGCAAAUCGGUGAAGUGUAAAAGCAGAAGCGAAAUUAUUUUUUAUGUGUAAAUUGUGAGUGUGCAACGGAAAGAAUUGGGAAAAUUGGUUUUUAUUUCGAACGAAAAAGAAAAGAAAUUGCGCAAAUUUGAAGCGCCCAUCGGAUAUUGUCGUGUGUUUGUGUGUGAAAUAUAUAUAUUCAAAAGAAAAGAAGAGUUGCAGGGAAUUUAUCUUCUUGAGUUCUUUUUUUCUCUUCAUUUUUUUCUGUUGCUCUUGUUGCUGUUGAAAGAAUGCGAGCAGUUGAACUGUGGACACACACAUCACAUACGCAUUUACAAAAUGAAGAAUGAUUUUUUCCCCUAUUUCGUUGAUCAAACUAUUAUCAUUGGCAAAAUGAACGAAUAACACAAUGCAAUGAAAUUAUUUUGCUUGUGGAGACACACCAUUUUCGAACAUAUAAAUGAAAAAAACAAAAUCAUCAGCAGAUAAAUAAAAAUUGCGACGAUUGUGGUGUUUUGUUGGUGAAUUUGGGGCCGAGAAUAACAGGCCAAUUGUCAUCUACGUUACUGAUCAGAACAAAUUUACGUAGUCAUACGUAUCGCGAGCGCGGUGUAAACGAGCGUGGCCCGAUUUGAAUUGAUGGUGGGUUUGUGUAUUUUUUUUUUCUGGAUCGAUCCGGGCAAUCGAAUCCAAAUUGACAAAUUUAUUUUCGUGGAAAAUUUUAAUUGGCUUUCGAAUUUCCAAUCAAACAAAUCUAUAGUGUGCGAGUUAAUCGAUAUCGCGGUUCGGAAGCAUUAGUCAUCCGGAAAAACCAAUUUACAUGUGUCAACGUAUCCAUUUCAACAGCAUUUCCGAAUGAUUUUAAUUCGUGGAGCUUUGUUCGAUCUUUUUAUUUUUACAUUUUAUUCAUUUGACAUCGACCUAAAGUUUGAACUUUCUCAUUCGUGCAGCUAAACGAAACAGAAAACACAAAAAAAAUUGAAUUCGAAAAAAAACGAGACGAAGGAAGAAAAAUUGAAGAAAAAAAAGUGAAAUACUAUAAACGUUUUAUUGUGUGUUUAUGUGAGUGUGUGUGAAACGAGACAACAAGUUUAAACAUGUUUAAGUGCAUUCCGAUAUUUAAAGGCUGUAAUCGCCAAAUUGAAUUCGUUGAUAAGCGGCAUUGCAGCUUACAAAAUGUGCCCGAAGAGAUCCUACGCUAUUCGCGAAGCCUCGAAGAGCUGCUUCUCGAUGCAAAUCAUCUCAGAGAGCUGCCAAAGAAUUUUUUUCGAUUACAUCGUUUGCGCAAAUUGGGCUUGAGUGACAAUGAAAUCAAGAAAUUGCCAUCCGAUCUACAGAAUUUCGAGAAUUUAGUGGAAUUAGAUGUGUCGAGAAAUGAAAUCCCCGACAUUCCAGAUGAGAUACGGCAUCUCAAAAGUUUGCACACAGCAGAUUUUAGCUCGAAUCCAAUCGACCGCUUACCACCCGGAUUUUCUCAUUUAAAAAAUCUAACAGUAUUAGGAUUGAAUGAUAUGUCAUUAACAUCGCUUCCAGAGGAUUUUGGAAACUUGUCCAACCUGGAGUCACUGGAAUUGCGAGAGAAUUUAUUAAAGGAUUUACCGGAAUCGAUAAGUAGAUUAACCAAAUUGGAACGAUUGGAUUUGGGCGACAACGACAUUGUGACACUGGCGGCGCAUUUAGGUUAUUUGCCAGCAUUACAAGAGCUAUGGUUAGAUCACAAUCAAUUGCAGCGGUUGCCACCGGAAAUUGGCCGCUUGACAAAUUUGACGUGUCUCGAUGUAUCGGAAAACAAACUAGAAGAAUUACCUGAAGAAAUUGGCGGCUUAGUAAAUUUGACCGAUUUGCAUUUAUCGCAAAAUGUUCUGGAAACAUUGCCGGAUGGCAUGUCAAAGUUGCGCAAAUUGACGAUUCUCAAAUUGGAUCAAAAUCGUGUAGACAUUCUGAAUGAAUCAAUCGGAUUAUGUGAAAAUUUACAAGAGCUUAUACUGACCGAAAAUUUCCUUCGCAAAUUGCCCAAAUCGAUUGGACGUUUGAUAAAAUUGAAUAAUUUGAAUGUAGAUAGAAAUAGCUUAGAAUCGAUACCCAUCGAAAUUGGCAAUUGUAUAUCAUUGGGUGUGCUCAGUUUACGUGACAAUAAGCUGAAAAAAUUGCCAAGUGAAUUGGGCAACUGUACGGAGUUGCAUGUGCUUGACGUAUCGGGUAAUCAAUUACAAUAUCUACCAUACACACUGGUCAAUUUACAAUUGAAAGCGGUUUGGCUAUCGGAGAACCAGGCACAACCACUGCUCACAUUUCAAACUGAUACGGACGAGCAUACGGGCGAACAGGUAUUGACAUGCUUCUUGUUGCCCCAGUUGGAAUAUCAACCACAAGGUGCAGAAAUUCUUCUACCUGGCCGCUUGUAUCGAUCGAAUCAAAGAUUCGAUUCAAUGGAUUUAUCCCUAAUUGAAGAUGGUCACGACGAUGAAGGGUCUUCCGAUGAUGAAGCAUGGGAAGAGCGUGAAGCAUCUCGUACACAUUCCGUUAAAUUUUCCGAAGAUUCUGGCAUUGCCGAUAAGGAUACGCCAUUCGUACGUCAGAAUACACCACAUCCGAAAGAAUUGAAACUCAAAGCACACAAAUUGUUUGCGAAAGAGAAAAAUAAAGCCGAUGACGGUGGCAAUUUGGACACCCUGUCCGAAGAGUCAUCAUCAAAACCAUCAUCGGGCAAAACGACCAUCAUUAAUUCCACGACCAUGGAUAACAUAUCCGAGGCACGAACCGAAGUCGAAUCAAUUGUGCCGCCUCCAUCGAACACUUCGACCACCGUUGCAACAAGUAUUUCACAAGAGCCAAUUUUCGGUGGAGCUACCGAACGACAUCAAUCCUAUGGAGAUGAUGAAAAUGGAGAAGUAAAUGGAUUCAAUGAGCGUAAAGUUGGAUUCUCAAUGGAAGAAGAGGCAGAGAAAAAUGAUUCGGAAGGUGGUGAUGAAGAAGAAGAAGAAGAGAUUGAGAAAUUGCAUCCAAUCAAAUUGCAUAGGCGAGAUACGCCACAUCAUUUGAAAAACAAACGUGUUCAACAUGGUGCUAUUGACAAGACAGUUGCAAACAUCUUAUUGGCAAAUGCACCGAAGCAACUUGAAACAGUGCCGCCAAUUGCCGCAACCAACAACGACAACACCAGUUUAACGGAGAGCAAUCGUGAGAACAAACCCGGCCAUUUGAAUGAUUGUGAUGCAUUGGAUGGUUUGACGGAGCUGCGAACGGAGAACUAUGAAAUUCACAUUGAACGAACGUCGGCCGGAUUGGGUUUGAGCAUUGCUGGUGGUAAGGGAUCGACACCGUACAAAGGAAACGAUGAAGGUAUUUUCAUAUCGAGAGUUACCGAAGGCGGACCAGCCGAUUUGGCCGGAUUGAAAAUCGGCGACAAAGUGCUGAAAGUGAAUGGAGUUUCAGUUAUCACAGCCGAUCACUAUCAUGCGGUGGAUAUAUUGAAAGCUUGUGGAUCGGUACUGGUGUUGGUUGUACAACGUGAAGUAACUCGUUUAGUUGGUCAUCCAGUGUUCACACAAGACGGUUCAGUGGCACAGAUUGCGAUUUCAAAUCGACCGAUCAAUGCUGCUGAAACCGUGCACACCGUUCCAAUUCAACAAACCGAGCAAAUCAUCCAUACAAGCGCAAAAUCAAUACCAUCACCCAUUCAAAUUCACAGCGAACAACAACAACAGCAACAUCAACUAUCCGAACAUUUAUCCACACCGCAUUCCAACGGAAUCACGGAAAACGGAAGGGGAAUCUCACACAAAAUAACGUUGCACACAACGUUGAUAAGGGAUCAAAUCGGUCAAGGUUUAGGUUUCAGCAUUGCUGGUGGUAAAGGCUCACCACCAUUUAAAGAUGGAUCCGAUGGCAUUUAUAUAUCUCGCAUUACCGAAGGCGGACUUGCGCAUAGAGAUGGAAAAAUUUUAGUUGGCGACAAAGUACUGGUGAUAAAUGGUGUUGAUAUGGCGAAUGGUACACAUGAAUCGGCCGUACAAUUGCUAACCGAUCAUCAGCGUUUCGUGCGUUUGGUUGUUCAGCGUGAAGUGCAGGGACCAUUGGAGCCACCCAGUCCGCACAGUCCAUCGUAUUUGAAGGGUUUAAGCCCAUCUGGUUAUAUGGCCAAUCGGCCAGGGUACAAGCGUCCGAGCUUUUCAAAUUUCAUUGAAUCACCCACUGCCGAAUCGGUAAAAACGGUCAUUUCGAACACAACAUCACCGGUCGUGCCACAACAAUACACAUCAAUUACACAAAGUCCAAGUACACCGACCAGUGGCAAAACAAAUGGCAUUGGCAGCGGAGCAUCACAACCGGUGCCAGCACCAAGACGACUCACAUCACAAAGCUCGGUCGGAUCGGGUAUCAAUGGACAAUCAAAUGUUGCCGCCUCACAAAAUGGCAAUCGCUCCGAAGACGACGAUGUACAGGCACCAACGCAACGACCAUUAACAAGUGAAGAUUUUCAAGCCAUGAUACCGGCGCAUUUCUUAAGCGGCGGCCAACCCGACUACAUCUUUGAAACGCAUGAACAAGGGCCAUCGGUCACGGUCACAGUAAAGAAAGGUGUUCCAGACAUGCCAAUGUUGCCGCCAGCACCAACUGAAUUGGGCAAAGUCACUGAAACGAUAACCAAAUCAACGUUCACUGAAACGGUUAUGACACGUGUCACUGACAAUCAUUUGGGCGAAGCUCUGAUUAGUGAGGAAGUCAUCCUUCCGAAGAAUAAAGGAUCGCUCGGCUUCAGCAUCAUUGGCGGCACUGACCAUUCUUGUGUGCCAUUCGGUGCAAAUGAACCAGGCAUUUUCAUAUCACAUGUCGUUCCUGGUGGCAUAGCUGCAAAUUGUGGUAAACUGCGAAUGGGAGAUAGAAUAUUGAAAGUAAAUGGCACCGACGUUACGGCAGCAACACAUCAAGAGGCUGUUAUGGAACUUUUACGACCUGGUGAUGAAAUAAAAUUAACAAUUCAACAUGAUCCACUUCCGGUCGGUUUCCAAAACAUUCUGCUGGUGAAAACAGAGAACGAACGGCUGGGAAUGCAUAUCAAAGGUGGUUUGAAUGGUCAACGAGGCAAUCCACUCGAUCCAGCUGACGAAGGUGUGUUCGUGUCAAAAAUCAAUUCGAGCGGUGCAGCACGACGUGAUGGACGACUAAAGGUUGGUAUGCGUAUAUUGGAGGUUAAUGGAACUUCGUUGCUCGGUGCUACCCAUCAGGAAGCUGUGAAUGCAUUGCGUGAAGCUGGCAACGAAAUCCGUAUAAUCGUGUGCAAAGGCUACGACAAAUCGAGUUUGAUCCAUUCAAUUGGAAGUGCGGGUGGCAUGAGCACCGGUUUUAACAGCUCAACCAAUCGCCUCGGCUCAAGAGCAUCGGAAACAGGCUCCGAUUUUAGCCAAAGUGUAUCAAGUUUAGAUCGAGAUGAUGGUGCCAUUGAUGAGUCUUUGCCCAUUGCAUCGACAAAUGACGUUUUCGAAAGCAGCAAAGACGAAGCACACAUUCACACACCUGAGCCACACAGCGAGUCAAAUGUUGAACGAGUUUCCGAAACAUCGCAAGAUGUUGCGCUGUUAAACUCGGAACAAACAUUAGUCAGCACGAAGGAAAAGAGCACAAAAGAUAAGGUUCUGGACAUUGUUCGUGCCGCCGAGUCAUUAGCCUUAGGAACACAUUUGUCAGAUAGCAAUGCGAAUGCUGAGCUCGUUGUCAGUCAUCCACCAAAAUCGCCCGUCGAGCACGAAGAUAAAAUGCAUAAAACGACGACGAUUGUGAUGUCGGCGCAUACACUAGACACACAGCCACAGGUUGAUAGCCGAAUAGGAAGCUCAAAAAAACCGAUCUCUACCUCUAGUUUUGCUCAUCAUAAAUACGAUACAUCGAUGAAAUCAUCUACUGACAGUCUUUCAUCUGCCGAUACGAUGAUUUCCGCAUCGAAAAAACCACCACCACCACGACCUCCUUCGCCAUUGCAACCGCCACCGUUGGCACGACAAUACGACGAGCUCGAUCGCACCGAAAUCGAAAUUGAGGUUUUUGAUACCGAACCAUACAAAUAUGAAUCGAAAUCGAAACCACAAUCAAUGUCUUCACAGACGCAAACACAUCGUAAGUCGGUGAGCUUUGAUUUGUCCGACAAUGAGUAUAUUCCGGUGCUUGAGCACGACGAACCAGAACCAACGGAUAACAUCGGCGAAUUAUUUUUGAGACAAUUCAGCCGAGAGAAUUCACAAGAAGAAAAUGACGGUUACGAAGUUCCAAUCAAAUAUCCGAGUGGCCCAAAAUCAAAGCCAACGAAAAAGGUGAAAAGUAUUCUGCGCUCGCCCAGCCCUAGUUCAAAAGCACCAACGACACCCUCGUCGUUGGAUCGACCUUUGAUUACAAGCUACAUUCAGCAGCCGCAGCCUAGUGUGACAACAGCCAUUGUACACACCGUGGCUCCAUCGACGGAUGAUGAAAUCGAACGCGAAAAUCCGUUCCGCAAAGAAUUCUUGGGGCGUCGUGCUGAAAACAUCUACGAAGAAUUAGACUUUGAAGAACAAGCUCCGAAACAAACAGUACAAAUUACACCGAUUGAAACAAAAGUGAAAGAACAAGAAAAACCGAAGCAAAUUGACCCAAGUUCGGUGAAACAACGACCAAAAUCCGCAUACGAAUCAAGAGAAUAUGCAGAAGUUCAGUCGAAAUUCCAUUCAUCAAAUGAUGAGUUGAGUGAAAAGUCAGAAAGUACGCUAAUUUCAACGCAAAGCACAUCUCGAUCGACAGGUAGCCUGUUGAUAGAUCGUCCAAAACAAAAGCCACCAUUACCUCCAAAGCCAUCAAAACCCAGUUCUUCCGUGAAAUCACCAUCUCCGGUCAUCAAACGCGCCGAUCUCAAACAAAACGAGGCUUUGAAAACAUUCCAGCAAGAAAUGUUGCAUGGGGAUUUAUACGAAUUCGUUCAUAAUGCGGAAACAAAUCAAAUAACACGAAUUAAACAGCAAGCAACCAGUAUUCCUAUUGCAAUUGCAAAAUCACCCGAACCAAUUGUUAAAGAAGAAACCAAAGAACCGCCACGUUUGACCACGUUCAAUCCAAGCAGUCCUCUCCCUCCAAUUCCCAAAAGCAAUAAGACCAAUGUGCCACCGUAUUCAAAAGUUCUGAAGCGAGGUUCAAGUGUUGAACGACCAACGGUGAGUCCUCCGCCGCCACCCGUUAACAUGUCAACGUUGCCAACGGCAGACAAACUAAAACAACUUCGAACCGAAGACGGUUCAAGAGUCGAAAUCCUAUCGACAAGCACCGAAGAGCUGCGAAAAUUCCAUCGCGAAUAUCAUCACGAAAAUGCUCCCGAAUACAGUUUGGUCACCGAAGAAACGCAUCGCGAAAUUCUACUGCAAGAGAAUGAGAUUCGAAAUGCAAUGCAACAAGAGCAAAUUGUCACCGAGACAGUAACAACGACUAGUCGAAUUCCAGUGCGAAAAGCGCCGUUGCCACCAACGGCAAAAACAACAACGAUGUCGACAACAACAAACAAACAUCAUAAAAACCCUUCAUUUUCUUCAGAUGUCAGUCAAGAACAUUCGUCCACAAUGCAAUCAACAUCAUCAUCAUCAUCGUCGUCAUCUCAAGUAUUUCCGGUUACGCAAAUUUUGCCCGUGCAAUAUUCACACUUGCCAACGCCACAGCAGCCCGACUAUUUUUUAACAUUUCCAUCGUCGCCACUACAGCCCAGUUGUAAUGUAAUGCCAAUGCCACAACCGGGCGCAUUCAGUACAUUCAUGUCUCCGCCCGCUUCAGCUAAAGUACCAAAAUCGGUGUCGGACCGAAAGCGAUUCUUUGAAAAUGCAAUGGAAGACCACAACAAGCCAGCGCCGAAAUCAGAGAAAGUUUUCUCAUUUUUAUCACAAGAUGAAGUUGAAAAACUGAAACAAGAAGAGGAAAAAAAGAUCGAGACAUUAAAACGUGAUAAAAAGAAUAAGAAAAUCUUGAGAGCGACCGAUGAAAAUUGUUUUGAGAAAGGCAAUGACAAUGUCGAUGGCACGUCAAGUGACAGCAACGAUGAUGACGAUGACGAGAGUGAUGACGAUGAAAAUGACAUCCACGCGGGCGAUUCAAGGGACAGCAGUCUUCCCUCGUCACCCACACACAAGAGCGGCCUGAAAAUGGCGAUGACGACGACGACCACCGCGUCUGCAACUCCCAGUCGCAUUCCAAUACGAACAAAUAUAAAUAGUAAAAUACCCCGACCCGUGCACACUGAGACAACGGCAACAACGUUACUCUCAUCACCGUCGGCUGCAAUUUCAUCCGAUCACAUAUCCAAUAACGUCAAUAAAUCCAACACCACUCCGUCGCCAUACGAAUUGCAGGCGAUCCAGGCUGAGGAACGUGCCGCUUGGCGUCAAGAGCGACUGAAAACACUGCAAGAAGAAGUCACCGUUGCACAACAAUCGAUAAACAAACUGAACGAUGAUUUGACCAAGAAAAGCGAGGCGAUCGUUUUCCCCCGCAUUGCAAUCAAAUCAAGUCCAGGUGCUUUGAUUGUACGCGAAACGGAAAAAGUGCUCGGCGAAAAGGUAACCACACGCACUGAAGAAGUACCGUGUCCGGUGACCGGUGUACCUCAUAUACGAACCGUUCAAUUGGUUGAGAAGCUCAUCGAAACUGAGGUCGAAACCUGUCAGGAGAAGAUAAUUACGUUGGAGCUUAAGGAUCCAAUCACAAAUGCUACUCUCACAGAGGAACAGCUUAUGGCAGCCAAAUUGCCCGAUACGACAAUUUCACCGUCCGAUGAUGAGAACUCAUCAAUUAUAACCGUUCGUUCGAAUGCAAGCAACAAUAACAACGAGAGUGUGGUACGAUUGCAUUUGGCCACCGAAGACAAUGCAAACGUUGGCGAGGGACAAAGCGGAUCGGGCGGUGGUGGAUCAUUUUUGACAGCCGUUCAGCAUCAUCAGCCGUCGAAUGUGAUCGAUGCGGCGGAAAGUACGAUGCAAACAAUUGUCGAAGUGGUGAAUCCGUUGAUAUCCGGUCAAGGUUAUGCAAAUACGAUAGCAGUCGGUGGUUCAAAUGAUGAUGGCUCAUAUCCAUCGUUUGAUCCGACAAACGAUGACGGUAACGUGGCUGAGGUGAUGAACUACGAUUCGCUUGACGUAUACAAAACGGCCAGUGAAUUGUCGUUGAGCGACAAAAUGAAAAAUGUGCUGCAGGAAUUAGUCAAAAACGAACGGGUACGGUUGAGCUUUUCACAGAGCAUAUCCGAGGUCGAAGAUAGUGAUAGCGAACAGAAUGAUACUGAUGACGAUGCAAAUGAGCCAUUAAGACAUGAUAGCAGCGAUGAUGAUAAAUCAGUCGUACCCAUUAGCCCGUCGAAUCAAGCAACGGCAACGGAAGAGAAUGGCAACGCUGCUGCUGUUGCUGCUGCUGCUGCUGCCGCUGCCGAGGCUGCUGCUGUUAUCGCACAGCUUAAUAUUGUCGACACGGUGGCAAGCGAUAGCGGCAAUAACGACGACAUAAAAAAUGCCAACAUUAUCGAUGAUGACUUUAUUUACAAAAACCCAAAUUUUUUGAUGGCUGGCGAUGAAAUGGAUGCGUGCACCUCACAACAGCAAGCAAUCGUACGCAAUGAACGCGAUGAAAAAUUGAAAGAAAAACUGUUGGCCGAAUUGAAUGUGCAACCUUCGGGAACGGAUGACACGACGAGGCCUGAAGCCGACCAAAUUGCGAGUACAAACGACGCCGAAGGGGAGGAAGAAAGUUCGAUUUCAAUUCAUGAGGAAAUUCCAUCGAUGCCAACAUCGCCCACCGAAACGAGCAGCAAAAGUGACAGCAUCAGCUUAACUGGCACCGGUGCCGGCAAACGAAAGAAGCGAAAAAAUAAGGGGCGAAAAAAGUAGUCAAAAAUAACCGAAUCGUAAAUGUAUUUCGUUGCGCUGGAUGCGAUGCAUGCCAGAGAAAAAAGAUAGAGUUUAAGGUUGAUUUUUUUUUUUCUGUUCAAAGUCUAAUGCAACGCGUCUAUAUGUUGUUAGUCGACAAAAUAUAUAGAGAAAAAAAAGAGAAAGAAACUUUGUAGAUACAUUUUUAGCGUGAGGAUCCGAGUAAGAGCGUGUAUGGAUAAUGUUGGAUGCUGUAUUUUGCUGCGUUGUGAUUGGUUUUUAUAUUAUAGGAAAAUUAAUAGGGAAAUUGAAGGAAAAUAGAACAUUUCAAGCAUUUAGCUGUAUACAUAGUGCAUUUUAACAUAAAAUUGAAAAUUGUCAAGCGUAUCGAAUACAAACGCCGGAUUUUUUCCUUGCUUGUCGCUCGUUUCAUUUCGCAUUUGCUCAUUCAUUCAUUUCAACAAACCGGAAAUUAUUGUUCGCGUUUAGAUACCGAUUCCCUUUCUAUGUGUGUGUCUGAAAAACAAGACUUUUUAUCACAACUAAACUCCGUACACAAUUUUUUCAUAGAAAAAAAAAAAAACAGCAGAAUCUGAGACAAAAACACCAACCGUAAACCAAUUGAGUUGGUUUAUUGUGAGAACAGGAGCGGCAGCAUCGUCAAUGACUCAUGAAUGGUGGAGUAUGUGUUUUUGUCGCUUUGUUUCGAUCUCAUUAGAUAUCAACCAGUCAAACGAUAAAAUUGUGCGCCAUUGUUCUUAUGUAUUUAGCAAAUAUGCAGCGCAGUAUGAAAAAUGGAGAGAGAAAAACAUCACAUUCAAAACGAAAAAUAUAGCAUCAAAAAUACAAUGCCAUUUCAAACAAUUUAAAAAUGUUUCCACUUUGUUUCCACUUUUUAUUAUUUGUGUUAUCAUUCUAUUUUAUUCCAGCAAUUUUUCCAGUUCGUUUUUUUUUUUCGUUGCGUUGCGUUUCGUUUCGUUCAUUCGUGUGUCUGGCUGCAUAAGUUGGGUAAAAACUCAAAUAAAUGUAAGCACACAUGUCGCUAUCAGCAUUCCAAUUUCAUUUGCUGUCUUUUGAUAUUCAUGUAUGUGUGUGUGUGCUGCUGCUAUUUUUUCUCCAUUCUAGAAAUUUAUGUUCAAUAUGCGUAUGAAAUGCUAUAUUUUGCCUGUCUCCAACGAGACACACGGAAAAAAAUACGGUAAUAAAAACCACGUCGCAAAAAUUCAAAUGAAAGAAAAACACAUUCACACACAGAGUGAGAGAGAAGGAGAACUAAUGGCUAAUAAGACUGUUGAACUCUUGUUUCUGAUCAUUUACAACGAUCACAUUUAGCGCACACGGUGCAUGUUCCUUGUAAUGCAUACACACACACACACACAAAACAGCAUUUAAUUCCAUUUCGCAGAAUUUCGUAUGCAUUUCAUCUCUCCCACGACACAGAUUCCAUGUUAAAAUGUGUAGUUUGACGCUGGUCAAAAAUAAUGCACACGAAUCAAUUACGUUUGUUUGAAAAUCAAGUCAAGUGGUUUGGGUGGUUGAAACAUUCCAUCGCAACGAUGCACAUACGAAUUCAAUUUGAUGGAAACGACGAAACAUGUUGAGAUGUGCGCUAUCAAGAAUAAUGUCGUAGGUGGACGGCGAAAAAGAGAGAGAAAUAAAAACAAACGCUGUAAAUAUAUAAGUGAAAGGCAAUGAUUAUGAUGUUAAUAUGGCCACUGGGUGCAUACACAGGUUGGGUCAAUGCACCGGUGACGUUGCUGCUGCUACUACUACUGUUGCUACUGCUUCAUCGAUUGAACGCGAUGCGUCGUCGUUGGUGCGAACGAAUUGAAUGUUUGGUGCUUCGGUUGCACUGAUUCUAGUCGCUUUGGGUGUAUACUGUAUAUUCACAUCGGAUAGUAAUCAUUACACGUACAAUAAAUCGAUUUCGUCUGAUUCGUGUGUCGAUUCUGCUCCACAUUUUCCUAGUACAUCGUUGCAAAUGAACUGAGAGUGAGUGUAGCGAAUAUACUGUGUGCGAGUGCACUUUUCAUUUGCCGUUUUUUCCCCAUUUUUCCCGUUCUUAAUUCCUUCAACAUUUGAACUUUUAAGAUUCAAUUACGAUAGUUUUUAGCGGAUAUUACGUGCUAGUGUGGUAGAAUUUUGUGAACAUUCGCAAUCUUAUCGUUCUCUUCCUUUUUUAUUAUUGUAUUUCAAGCCGAUUCAAUUAAAAAUUCCAGCCACAGAAUCAAUUGGUAGAAAAUCAAGACGAUUCUCUGUUCGACAUUCUAAAAAUCUGUUGAAUUUUUUUUUUGUCUCGUCUUCAGUCCCAUUAUUCAAAGAGAUAACAUGGUUUUAAGUGCAUUUAUAUUAUCAUUAAUCGUGUCUCUGCUUUAACAAUAAAACAUGGCCUUAAAAUUGUGUAUUUGAUGGCUUUAUCAUGAAUAGAAGGAAUUAAAUAUAAGGAUAAACACAUAUAAUCUCGUUUAAAAAUGCAGAAAUCAUUUAUUUUAAUGGAAAAAAGUGAAAAAAAAUUCUAAAUCUCUAUGAAAUCUACUACAUAUAUUAGAGUAAAAACAAAAAGAAAAACAGAAACGAAGAACAAAAUACGAAAAAAAUUAGUAAAUAAAUGCAUUUCUAAACAAAA